GAAAGAUUCUAAUUGGCUAAAAUAAUUGUUUUUUUAAUAACGUCCAGUGGCAAAUAUUUCAAGAAUAAGAAACUUGACUGGCGGAUUGAGGACUUGUGAUAAAAGAGAGAGGGGAAGAGAAAAAAGAGGAUUUGUCCUCUCAAAAACAUAAUGGCGACAGCAGAAGCGACGACCACAGAAGAAUGCCUGUGUCCACAAGACUGUAAAUCAAUGAACGAAAGUUUGUUUGUGUUGUGCUGUUCUGCUGACAUGUCUGACGUAGUCUUCACGUUCCCCGGGGAAUCCAACCAACGCCUUCAUGCCCACAAAUUUGCCCUUGCAGUGAGGAGUUCUGUUUUUAAGGCCAUGUUUUUUGGAAAUUUACCAGAGAAGAGUCCAGAGAUUGCUGUCACUGAUGUUUCAUUAGAGAUUUUUACUGCUCUGAUGAGAUACAUCUACACAGACGUGGUAAAUCUUGAUGGGAACAAUGUGACACCUAUGUUACAUGCAGCGACAAAGUACGCUUUAACUGACCUCGCGAAGCAAUGUGAACGAUAUCUGGAAUGUGCCAUUGACGUUGAUAAUGCAUGCGUCAUCUACAACCAGGCAACGUUUUUUGGGAUGCACGAACUAGCCAACAUGGCGUUACUUUGUAUAGAGAUAAACGCAAAAGAAGUAUUUGGCACUGAGGGAUUCGAUACUUUGGUUAGGGAAAAUAUUUGGACUGUUUUCAAAAGUGAAAGACUUAAAGCAAAGGAAAUUGAUAUGUUCAAUGCUGUUGUCAAAUGGGCCAAAAAUCAAUGCGAGCUGCAAAAUUUAGAAGGUAGUGGUGAAAAUCAACGCAAAAUUUUAGGUGACCUAUUGAACUUGAUUCGCAUUCCCCUAUUAACCUUGGAGGAAUAUUCAAAGGUUGUUGUAAAAAGUGGACUUCUUACGGCCGAAGAACAAUUGAUGUUUUACAAAUACUUUACUUUGAAAGACGAAGAACACAUUGAAAUUCCGUUAUUCUCUUGCGAGCCACGUAACGGAUUACUUCCAUUUUCACUCGAUGUUAACGAUCUCCUUGCAAGCCAUGUUGGACAGAAGACAAUAGAAUCAUUCUGUUUCGAGACAUUGAAUAUAACGACUAAAGUUCCGUUGAGAAUACGACAGAUUACACUCCUCCCCAUCCCUGAAUUCAUGUCUGGUCAGUCAAACAUUGACUACGAUGCUUCUAACGAUAGCUUACAUAACAGUGUAUCUGUAGUGGUCAAAAACACGAUCAUAGAGCCACCGAAAAUUAUCCACCAAGGGGACCGUUAUCCUCUCAAAGGAAGUAACGUACGGUUGGACUACCUUCUCAGUGUUUAUCCAGAAAAUAGGUUGAAAAUUUCCGUUGCCAGGAUAUGUCAUAACUGUGGUAUACUGCACAGUCCACCGUAUAAAAAGAUCAACAUGAUAUCGUCACGGUACGGAAAUCGUAUGACACAGCGUGCACCUCUCAAGUCGCUCUCGAUCUGCGACACUCAAGUCGAUAUUUCAUUCAUGGGACAACAUUUAGUGCACACUAUUUCGUUUGAGAAGGUACCACAGUCCAGUCCUGACAGUAGCAGUAGUGUAGAAUCUUUAACACAGCAAUGCCAAACUGUUAAUGUUGAGGAAAACUAAACACAACAUUGUAACACUGUUAAUGAUGAGGAAAACUCAAAAACAACAGUGUCAAACUGUUAAUGUUGAGGAAAACUAAACACAACAGUGUCAAAUUGUUAAUGAUGAGGAAAACUUACACAACAUUGUCACACUUAAUUCUGAUGAAGACUAAACACAGCAGUGUCACGCUAUUAAUGUUGAAAACUAACACAACGGUCAAACUGUUAAUGCGGCGUAGUUUUCAAACAAUAGACAUAGCAAAAACUAUGCCAAGCUUACAUUUAUAAGUUGUUAUACACUCAACCCGAAUAAUUCAGUCCCUCCCCGUGAUUGACUCUCGGCCCAUUCACGAGUAGCCAUCGUAGAGCAUCGUAGAGCAGCGGAAUAAUUCGGGUUAUUAUACAUUUUUAUCUUUAUUACAUGUAGCCCGGUGAAGAUUAUUAUAUAUUUGGAUUGUAAACAAUUGUUCUCCUUAAUUGUCUUUUCUUACUUAAUGUCACCAUUCUCAUUGUUCAGCUCGUUAAGCGGAACAAGUUUUAUGCAAAUAAAUAAAAGAUCUUUGACACUUAAAA